GCAGCUUGCAGGUCGAAAUUGCUGGGCGAAAUCACGAGAGACGAGAGAGUGAACACUGAACAGCAGCACUGGUGACUGGACGGGCUCGCACCAACUAAGUCUCAGUCGAUUGAGAUUUGUUGCAGACGACGACGAGAAGAUGCCGCGGAGCAGAUUAUCUGGUUCUUUCAAUUCCCCGAAGGUCGACGUUGUGAUCGACAUGGGGAACCCUUUCCUUAAUCACACUGUCGAUGGCUUCGUCAAGAUUGGAACUGUGGGAGCAGCGAGAGUGACCGCAGAAGAAACAUUUCACUGCUUGAAGAAAGGGGAAUUUUCAAAACACAUACUUGAGCACACGUUGAAGAAGAUGUGCAAAGAGGGCGCUUACUGGGGGACUGUAGCUGGAGUGUAUGUGGGAAUGGAAUAUGGAAUUGAAAGGAUCCGUGGCACUAGAGACUGGAAAAACGCAACCCUUAGCGGUGCAUUAAGUGGAGCUCUGAUUUCUGCAGCCAGCAACAAUAGCAGAGACAAAAUUGUAGCGGAUGCCAUUACAGGGGGUGCCAUUGCCACUGCUGCAGAGUUCCUCAGUUAUCUCACAUGAAAAAAAGGAGAGCAACAAAAGAAAGAAAGAAGGUAGCAUCUUUCUCCUUUGCAUGUUUUGCUUUGCAAGUGAACAACUUCUAAUUUCGUGUAUUGUUCAAAUGUUCUUUGGGUCUGGGUUAAGAGUGUCUACGAAAACUGAAUGUUGAAAAAAAAUCUCUAUGACGCAUAAAGAACAGGAGGAAAGUUAUGAUAUUAGGUUAUUGUUAUGGUCAUGAGACAAGUACUAGUUUGGUGUGGAAAUAAUGCGUCUUUUGCCCUUUAUGCUCUCAAA